GAUUUGGCUGAGUACUGAUAUGCUUUUGCCCCUUGUUCCUAAUUAUCCUUGCCUUGUUUCUGCAGCCACAGAACCUUGGCCUGAAAAUGCGACCUUAUAUCAGCAACUAAGAGGGGAGCAAAUUUUGCUUUCUGACAAUGCAGCAUCUCUUGCUGUGCAGGCCUUUUUGCAAAUGUGUAAUCUGCCUAUCAGAGUGGAGUGUAGGGCAAAUGCAGAAUAUAUGUCUCCAUCUGGAAAAGUACCUUUUAUUCAUGUGGGAAAUCAAGUAGUGUCAGAACUUGGUCCUAUAGUCCAGUUCGUUAAAGCCAAGGGCCAUUCUCUUAGUGAUGGGUUGGAUGAAGUUCAAAAAGCAGAAAUGAAAGCUUACAUGGAAUUAGUCAACAAUAUGCUGUUGACUGCAGAGUUGUAUCUCCAGUGGUGUGAUGAAGCUACAGUAGGGGAGAUCACUCAUGCCAGAUAUGGAUCUCCUUAUCCUUGGCCUUUGAACCACAUUUUGGCCUAUCAGAAGCAGUGGGAAGUUAAACGGAAGAUGAAAGCUAUUGGGUGGGGUAACAAGACUCUGGACCAGGUCUUAGAAGAUGUAGACCAGUGCUGUCAAGCCCUUUCCCAAAGACUGGGAACACAUCAUUACUUCUUCAAUAAGCAACCUACUGAACUUGAUGCUCUGGUGUUUGGCCAUUUGUACACCAUUCUUACCACACAGUUGACCAGUGAUGAACUUUCUGAGAAGGUGAAAAACUAUAGCAACCUCCUUGCUUUCUGUAGAAGAAUUGAACAGUGCUAUUUUGAAGAUCAGUGUAAAGGCAGGUUGUCUUAGAAUUUUAUGUCAAUUAGUUGUUACUUUAAAAAAUCUAACUUUUGAAAUAUGUAUUACCUGAACAUUAUAAUAGAUAAUAGUUUCAGAAUUUCAAAACCAAAAACACUUUUUUGAAACCUCAAAAAAAUUGUAUAAUUUCAUAUACAUGUUCUUUGUGCUGUUAUUUGUGUCCACCUCCAUUUUGAAUUGUUUGAUUUGUUACAUUGUAUUCUAUAUCUUGAUAUUUUAUUUCUUUAUGAGCAUAUAAAAAUAAACCUUAAGCAACUAUGGUUGUUUCAUUUACUUUCUUUGAUCUUUUUGGCUACUCACUGAAUUUAGUACAUGUGGAAUAAACAUUUCUCUAAGGAAAGCAA